CUCAUACCGAACCAUGUUAUUGAUACCAGACCUAAACAAUUCCAGCCAAGCCUAUGGUGGUAGCCAACUACGACCAAAAGUCUCUGAACAGUCAAUUGAACUCUCGAUUUGGGCUGAGGAUGACAAGAACCCUUUGAUCCCAUCGACAGCCAGACAGCAUUGGAAGCCAUUGACACAGAAAGUAUACUUUCUUGUGCCGACCAUCCUAGCUUCUGGAACAUUGAUCGCUAUCCUCCAAACCUACUUGGAACAAAGCAAUCGUCACGCUGGCGUUCUUUUCGCCCCAAAGAUCAAUGAUCUUCCAGUAAAUGAGAAGUUCUGUUAUCUGUACUUGCCGACGAUCGUAUCGCUCGUGCUGAGUUUUGUCUGGACUUGGAUCGACCUCGACAUCAAGAGGCUUGAGCCUUUCGUUCAACUAUCCCGCUCAAAAGGCGCGCUCGGGAAAAGUUCAGUACUGCUGCAAUAUCCCUUCGAUUUUGUGGCACUUGUACCAUUCGCUGCUCUCCAAAGAAGACAUUGGCCAGUAUUCUCGGCUUCCCUGGCCGUGGUACUUAUCUUCUGGGGGCUUACUCCCUUGCAAUCCAGCAUAUUCGCAACGAAGACGAUCGAAAAAUCCUCGCAAGUGCCUGGAAUAUUGUCUACAUCGUAUCUCUCAUUGCAUGAUCAGACGACCACGUUGACCGGGCUGUACGCUCAAUCCGUUUACAACAUUGUAUGGUUAAAUGAGAGCUUACCUCCGUUCAUGGACCGGCAAGGAAUGCUUGCGCCUUUCUCUCUGGCAGACAACGAUACAAUGCAGACAGCCGAGACAUGGACCACAAACACGCGUUUUUACUCAGUUGACAUCAACUGUGAGGAAACUGGUCGUGGUAUGAAUAGCUCUUGGGGAUGCACGUACGACAACAACUAUAUGAACCUUGAUUCCACUCUACUGAGCAGAGACCAAUACAGCACUAUGUAUGUGGGCUACUGGUAUGAAGAGAGUAUGGAUUCCUAUUUGAACGGUUUAUGCCCGAAAGAAGCAAAUCAAACCUUUCUUGUCCGCUGGAUAUCUGGAAUAACCGAAGGUACCAUCGACAAGUCCCAACCUCAGAAUGUUAACACCACGCUCUGGUGUAGGCCGACCUACNNUAAUCCAGCUAACUUGAGACUCGCUGCAGAUCAACAGGAGGUGAUAGCCACCGUUGUCCCCCCAGAGAUGAACGUCCUGGACAUCGUGCCCACCGGUCCCAAGGAGCCACUUCCCAGGGAUCUGAUCAACAUCACUGACUUCGAAUGGAGUAUGAGCCAGGGUUAUGAAAAGAAUAACAAUCGGGGAAUCUUCCCUACAUCAUCAUGGCCAGAUCCAAAAGAAAGGGUUCGGACUAACUUCCCGGAGCUUGUAUGGAAAGACUAUUUGCCAAACCUGGCAAGUUUUGCACUCGGUGCGUAUGCACGGCCUGUGGCAGACUAUCUCGGCGCCGAAACCCUCAAAAACUCCUAUCAGGCUGCCUAUCGUCUACUGCUUGCACGAAAGCUGGCUGAUGUAUUGUCACUCGAUCUCAACCAUAACAAAACAGUGCUUGCGACAAGACGUUACCAGACGCAAACAGUGAUUAUGGUACCAACGUUUGUCUACAUUGUUGAAGGUUUACUGGCAACCACAACACUCAUUGCUCUCAUGAUACUUUUUCUACCUUCUUGGAGAAAGACUAAUCUCGCAUCCGAGCCUGCAAGCAUAGCUUCUUUGAUGACUCUUACGAGUAGCGAUCAACGUAUCAUAGAGACAACAAGUGGGACGGACCGCGCAACAUCUCAGGAGCUCAAAGACUUAUACCAGGAGGCUGAAUUCAUUUUGCAACCGGGACGACAUUCUCAAGAACCCACCCUUUGCUAUCUUGGCCCCGAUAUGCAACCACCACCUUCCAAGGACGCGACCACAAAAUCGAUAGUACCAAUACUACCCCCUGAGUUAUCCUGGAUCUUUGGAUGUGGUUUUCUGAUAUUACAAACCUCGGUCAUGGCUGCACUUAUAUAUACUUACGUUCGUGCGCAAGUUCAAGAUGGUAAUUUCCGCACUACACUCAAAACUACUGUCAANCUGACAUUAAAAGGCCUACCUCGCCCCUCGAAGUCUCUAUUCAUCAAGCAGAUUGUGAUCAAGUAUUUGCCGAUGAUAGUGGGUGCCUUNUUUGAGCCAAUCUUUACAUGGCUUACCAGGACUCUUUGUAUGCUUCAACCAUACGAGCAACUUCGCAGAGGCGACGCGGCGCCAUCACGCUCACUUAGUGCAGCCUACAACUCCUUACCACCGCAAGCUGUGAUGUUCAGAGCGCUGAAGACAGGACACAUCUCCUUAGCAUCUAUUUGUUGUAUCAUGACGUUCCUGGCGAAUGUGGUGUCUGUAGCUUUCAGCAGUCUACUGUAUGAGCACACUAUCAUGCUCCCAACGCCUCGAAACUUCACAGUCAAGUAUCAGCUACCGAUCAAUGCCUCUAGGAUCCCCAAUUCAUUCUCAAGUUCGACCUUCGACCACUUCUACGUCGCAAUGUCGAAUCUCACCGCCGGUACACCUCUGCCAGCAUGGACCGACGAAAGGUUCUUCUAUGUCCCCUUCCAGGACGUAGAUAGUGGCAACGCUUCUGCGAACCUUUAUCGCGUAAGAACACCUGCUGUCAGUGCCUCGUUGCAUUGUUAUCCAAUGUAUCAGAAAUCACUUGGAAAGACUUUGACGUGGGACAUACCAGCUGGUAGCCCAAGUUGUAACCUCUCGUCCCUACAAACUUAUCGAAGCGUCGAGUCACGAUCACCUGAAGCUAUCGAAUACAUGAGCUUUAAUAACUCUUACUCGAGUAACAACCAUACGUCGGACUGCGAGCUCACUGUCUUAGCUGGAUGGGGUAGAUCAUCCAAGGGAUCUACAGAACAAUCUCUAGAUGCGUCCUGGAUGGGUUGUCAGCCUCAGCUUCAUGUCGAACUUCGCGAAGUCAUGGUUGAUCAUAAAGGUCUUGUUCAGGCCUCAACUCCCAUUAACGACACUAUGAACCACGAAAAUCGGUAUCUCCAGGCUGGCUCUAGCGAUAUUCUCGAUGCUUUUCACACGCUGCUUACACUGUCGAUUGCUCCGAAAUAUCCAUAUAUUGCUUCCAAGCCGUAUCACAACGACUCGUAUCCUAGUGACUUUGUCAAUUACCUCUUGGCACAGACAUUGAACAGUUCGGCAACUCUGGAUCCUCAUCUUCCACCACCAUCUUUCAACACGACCGCGCCAAUUGUGGAAGCUCUGUAUGCCAGGAUAUUCGCAAUUGUACUCGGCACACGUAUCGAUACAAUACUUCAACCGUCGAACAAAUCAAUCGUCGUUGCCGGCUCUGUACUGACUCCGGAGGCCCGAAUUUUUGUUUCGUCGCCUAUGUUCUUUCUUUCCAUUGGGAUAUUGAGUACAUACAUCUUGUUCACGAUCACAUUGUACAUUCGCCGACCCUGGAGGAUACUACCUCGAAUGCCUACAACAAUCAUUAGCCAGAUUCCUUUCUUUGCUGCCAGUCACGCAUUACAAGAUUUCUUGGAUACUUCAGAUACGUCCGGAAGAGAGCAGAGUUCCAAUGCUCAAGGGCUGAGGCAAAGAUACGGGUUCGGGCGCUUCAUAGGAACGGAUAGAAAAGCGCAUAUCGGCAUUGAACGGGAACCUCUUGUGCAAAUUCUCACCAAGAAGGAUUUACGUUUGAUGCAUGAACAUACAUCACCG